CUGUUUGGUUGCACUACAUUCCAGGCAGCUUCUUUCGAACUGAUAGUGAGCCCUUUAAGCCUUCAGUUUUACAUGAAGAGGUUUAUGACUGUCAUUGUGGACCUUAUGAAGGAGGAGAAGCUUUUUGCAUCACAGGGAGGUCCCAUCAUCCUUGCGCAAGUAGAAAAUGAAUAUGGUUGGUAUCAAAUGAAUUACGGAGAACCAGGGAAUCGAUAUGCCUCAUGGGCUAUGCAAACAGCUUUUUCUCAAAACAUAGGGGUGCCGUGGAUAAUGUGCCAACAAUAUACUGCUCUUCCAGAUUAUGUGAUAGAUACUUGUAAUUCCUUUUAUUGUGACCAAUUCACACCUACUUCACCAAACAAGCCCAAAAUUUGGACAGAGAAUUGGCCUGGAUGGUUUCAAACAUUUGGGGGCAAAGUGCCGCAUAGACCAGUUGAAGAUAUCGCUUUUUCUGUUGCUCGCUUUUUUCAAAGAGGUGGCAGUGUACAAAAUUACUACAUGUAUCAUGGUGGAACAAAUUUUGGUCGGACAGCAGGACUUUAUAUUAGCACAAGUUAUGAUUAUGAUGCACCAAUUGAUGAAUAUGGUUUACCAAGAAAUCCAAAAUGGGGACACCUCAAAGAUCUUCAUAGAGCUAUAAAGUUAUGUGAGCAAGUAGUGUUGGAUAGUGGGCCAAUUAACUUGUCACUUGGUCCUUCCCAAGAGGCCGAUGUCUAUACUGAUUCUUCAGGAGCAUGUGCUGCCUUUCUGUCUAACAUGGAUAACAAAACUGACAUGAUAGUGGAGUUUCGAAAUGCUUCAUAUCACUUACCUGCAUGGUCAGUUAGCAUUUUGCCUGACUGCAAGAAUGUAGUGUUUAAUUCUGCAAAGGUAACUUCCCCAACCUCAAGAGUUGAAAUGGUAUCUGAGAAUUUGCAAACUACGAAAUGGGAAAUAUUUGAGGAGAAAGUUGGGAUCUGGGGACAAGUUGACUUCAUGCAAAAUGGUCUUGUGGAUCACAUUGAUACAACAAAAUUUGCUUCUGACUACCUCUGGUACAAUACAAGUUUUUAUGUUAAUGAAGAUGAAGAGUUCUUAAAGAAAGGAAACCUCCCAGUUCUUCAAAUUGAAUCAAAGGGUCAUGCACUCCAUGUUUUUGUGAAUGGGGAACUUAAAGGUAGUCCAGAUGGAGCUAAUACAGGGCCGGCCUUCAAAUUUAAGAAACCUGUCCCUUUGAAAGCCGGGAAUAAUAACAUUUCUUUACUAAGCAUGACUCUCGGUUUACCGAGUGCGGGUUUAUAUUAUGAAUGGAUGGGAUCAGGACUAACUAGUGUCAAGAUUGACGGGUUCAGCAAUGGGACAGUUGACUUCACACUGAGUAGUUGGAACUACAAGAUAGGAUUGGAAGGAGAAAGCCUAGGUAUAUACAAGCCAAAUUGCGUGAAUUGUGUGAAAUGGGGAUCAACUACAGAACCACCAAAAAAUCAGCCUUUGACGUGGUACAAGACUAUUGUUGACCAACCAUCAGGGGAGGAUCCUAUUGCUCUGGAUAUGCUUGCCAUGGGGAAAGGUCUAGCUUGGUUAAAUGGAGAAGAAAUUGGAAGAUACUGGCCCAAGGAAAGCCCUCUUGACGAUCAGUGUGUUCAAGAAUGCGAUUAUAGAGGCACGUUCUCCCAGUGGAAAUGCUCCACUGGAUGUGGAGAGCCAACACAAAGAUGGUACCAUAUUCCACGGUCUUGGUUCCAGCCAACUGGAAAUGUUCUAGUUAUUUUCGAGGAGAAAGGUGGAGAUCCAACAAAAAUCAAGUUUGCAAAACGUAAAAUCUCAGGUAUGUGUGCACUUGUUGGCGAAGAUUACCCCUCGGCAACUGUGAAUCUCAAGUGCCCCAAGAACGGUAGCAUCUCGGAAGUAAAAUUUGCAAGUUUUGGAAAUCCUGAGGGAACAUGUGGAUCCUAUAGGAUGGGACAUUGUCAUGAUCCUACUUCUACUUCUGUGAUUGAGAUGGCGUGCUUGAAUAAAAAUGAGUGUGCCAUAGAACUAACAGACGAGACUUUCGAUAAGGUAUAUUGUACGCGUGAAACUAAAAAGAAACUAGCAGUGGAAGUCGUAUGCAGCUGAACAUAUAUAUUCUUUUAGCGGUGCAGUCACCCAAACUAAAGAAAUUAUCAAAGCAGCAGGGAUUCGAGGUGCUCUUCCCUUUAAUUUCUAUUCAUUUCCAUAACUCUAGGUUCUGUUGGUUAUAACUGUAUAUGUGACAUUUUAAAUCAUUUAAUGUAAAUAUUAAUU